CAGUCACACAUCUGCUUCCUUUGUGCCGGACGGUAGCUAACAAGAGCAGGAACCCCCACAGGGUGAUCCCGAAAGUCUUCACACAUAGGGGACUAUGUAUGCCAAGCACCAUGAGAGGCCUCUGUCGUCCUCCAUCAUGCUGUCAAAGAAAGACCCAGGCUCCUCCUCCUCCUCCUCCUCUUCCUCAGGAGGGAACGGGGCUGAUCGGGCCCUGGAGACCUCAGCGGGCUCUCAGUCGGGAGCCGUGCCCGGUUCCGUCGCUUCUUCGGCAGAUGUGAAGAAGAAAGAAAGGGCAUCUCCGAGCGGAGAGGCGAGCGGAGCACCUCUGCCUCACUUGCCCGGCUCGGCGGGAGCGGAUCAGGAUUCAGCAGAAGGCCGCAGGACCAGCCGUCGCAAGAGAGCCAAACAGGUGGAGUACAGGGAGAUGGACGAGAGCCUGGCGAACCUCUCGGAGGAUGAGUACUACUCGGAGGAGGAGAGAAACGCUAAAGCGGAGAAAGAGCGAAAGCAGGUGGUCCCUCCACCUGCUCCACCGGUGGAAGAGGAAAACGACAGUGAGCCAGAGGAGCCGUCGGGUUUAGAGGGUGCAGCUUUUCAGAGUCGCCUCCCACAUGAUCGAAUGACGUCGCAAGAAGCAGCGUGUUUCCCUGACAUUAUUAGCGGGCCACAGCAGACACAGAAAGUCUUCCUGUACAUCAGGAACCGCACGCUCCAGCUGUGGUUGGAUAACCCGAAGAUCCAGCUCACGUUUGAGUCUACUGUGCAACAGCUGGAGGCACCGUACAACAGUGAUGCUGUCCUAGUCCACAGAAUCCACAGCUAUCUGGAGAGGCAUGGCCUCAUCAACUUUGGCAUCUACAAGAGAGUCAAACCUCUACCUAGUAAGAAGACAGGGAAGGUGAUAGUGAUUGGUGGAGGAGUGUCUGGUCUGGCGGCUGCGAGGCAACUGCAGAGCUUCGGCAUGGACGUCACCGUGCUGGAAGCCAGGGAUCGUGUUGGAGGAAGAGUGGCCACCUUUCGCAAAGGCAAUUAUGUAGCUGACCUGGGAGCAAUGGUGGUAACAGGCCUAGGUGGAAACCCUAUGGCUGUUAUCAGUAAGCAAGUGAACAUGGAGUUGGCCAAGAUUAAACAGAAGUGCCCCCUCUAUGAGGCAAACGGACAAGCUGGAGAGCGAUGCACCAGUGUUCCGAAGGAGAAGGAUGAGAUGGUGGAGCAGGAGUUUAACAGGCUUCUGGAGGCCACAUCUUAUCUCAGUCACCAACUUGACUUCAACUUCCUCAAUAACAAACCUGUGUCUCUUGGUCAAGCAUUGGAAGUUGUUAUACAGCUGCAAGAGAAACACGUGAAGGACGAGCAGAUCGAGCACUGGAAGAAGAUCGUAAAGACUCAGGAGGAGCUGAAAGAGCUUCUUAAUAAGAUGGUGUCCACUAAGGAGAAAGUGAAGGAGCUGCAUCAACAGUAUAAGGAAGCGAGUGAGGUGAAACCUCCCAGGGACAUCACGGCUGAGUUCCUGGUCAAGAGCAAACAUCGGGAUCUUACUGCCCUCUGCAAGGAAUAUGAUGCAUUGGCUGAGCAGCAGGCGAAACUUGAAGAGAGGUUGCAAGAGCUGGAGGCCAAUCCACCCAGUGAUGUGUAUCUGUCAUCAAGAGACAGACAGAUUCUGGACUGGCACUUUGCAAACCUGGAGUUUGCCAACGCCACACCUCUGUCUACCCUCUCUCUCAAACACUGGGAUCAGGACGACGACUUUGAGUUCACAGGGAGUCACCUGACCGUCAGGAACGGCUACUCGUGUGUUCCAGUGGCACUGGCCGAGGGAUUGGACAUCAAACUGAACACUGCGGUGCGGCAGGUGCGCUACACCUCUUCAGGCUGCGAGGUGAUAGCCGUGAACACGCGCUCCACCACGCAGACAUUUAUUUAUAAAUGUGAUGCAGUGCUGUGUACUCUUCCUCUGGGAGUGAUGAAGCAGCAGCCACCUGCAGUACAGUUUGUGCCUUCUCUCCCUGAGUGGAAGACCUCUGCUAUUCAGAGGAUGGGCUUCGGCAACCUCAACAAGGUAGUGCUUUGUUUUGACCGCGUGUUCUGGGACCCGAGUGUGAACUUGUUCGGUCAUGUAGGGAGCACCACAGCCAGCCGUGGAGAGCUCUUCCUGUUCUGGAACCUCUACAAAGCCCCCAUUCUGCUGGCGCUGAUGGCCGGAGAGGCUGCCGGCAUUAUGGAGAACAUCAGCGAUGAUGUCAUCGUGGGCCGUUGCCUAGCAAUCCUAAAGGGAAUCUUUGGUAGUAGUGCAGUACCUCAGCCAAAGGAGACAGUGGUGACGAGAUGGCGUGCAGACCCUUGGGCUCGAGGCUCAUACUCUUACGUGGCAGCUGGUUCCUCUGGAAAUGACUAUGACCUCAUGGCCCAGCCAAUCACGCCCGGACCUGCCAUACCUGGGGCCUCGCAGCCCGUUCCUCGACUCUUCUUCGCCGGAGAGCACACGAUCCGGAACUAUCCAGCAACGGUACACGGGGCCCUGCUGAGCGGGCUCCGGGAGGCAGGACGCAUUGCCGAUCAAUUCCUCGGAGCCAUGUACACGGUGCCACGGCAGAACGCGCCUGCUGCCAACCCCCAGCCUUCUCCCAGUGUGUAGACUCCCAUACAUACACACACAUACAAGUCCAGCAUGUAGGAGCUAACGUGUACAUCCUUUUGUCCAGUUUAGAGCUGACACUCACACACCAAUAGCCCAGAAAAGAACCACCUUACACUAGCAGAGUCUUAUACACAGCCACUCAGAAUGAGGAGGAAGCGGUACAGGGAGAAAAUGAAACGCAUGUGAGCAGAUAAUGAAGUCUGUUGUCUGUAUUGAACCUUCAGAAAGUGUGUGCGUGUUCGCUAAUUACUGCUCUCCAAAAGGAAGCGGGAGUUUAAAGGAAGCUCUACCUCUUCCUGAUGAUCAGCAUUGGAAAAGCGUCACUCCUGAGAAUUUCCUGGAAUUUACCACAAUUUUCAGGAAUAAUUGUUACCUUGUUUGUGUGCUUUACAGCUCGUUCCUUAACAAAGUACAGACUGGAAAGCACACAAACACGCAUAAAUACAUGCUGCAGCCUGAAUGCGGCAAACACAAACCACCAUAAACUGUUUGUCUGAGGAUUAAAAACUACAGCAAGCGGACUUCACGAUGCGCUCACCCCAAGAACACGCACUCGCUCACACCGAGUACAUGCACACUUUCUUACGGUCUGGAUACACCACAAACUAAAACCAGCUCUAACCAUGUUUUGUAAAGACGUCCAUUCGCAAUCGAUGGGAUUCCUGAAGCUUCUUGUCACAGUAGAUCUGCGUGAACUUCAUAGUCUGGCUUGUUUUGCAGAUGUUUCACUAAACCAACAUUUAUAUCCAGUUAGACAAAAUGUGGUUCAGUUCAUCAGCGCCGUCUGACAGCGCAUUAAAACAUGAGUAUCGUAUGUUCGGAGGAAGAAACCCGUCGGAAAAUCUUUGCACUGACAAAUUCACGUGAAAGCUUCAUAGCUUCUGCUGUUGUUCAUCAUCUUGGUUGACCCUUUAGUUGAGAACGGAGAGAAAAAAAAAAGUUUUGAAGUGUAAUUCCUGUUAUUUUAAGUUUUUUUUUUUUUUUUUGUUGAAAUAUGAAACGUUGUUAAUGAUUUUCAAGAAAUUGAAGCAGCUAGAUUUAACAUGUUUUUGGGUUUCUUUAUUUUAUAUAUUUGUCAUUACAGUCUAGGUUUUAUAUUUUGCCAGAAUUUGGUAUUAAAUG